AUAAAGUUGGUAUUAACAAUAUCCUCAGCAAGCAGUAGUAGGGUUGAGGGUGUUUGUUGUGUAAUAGCACGAGGUGUUUUCUCAUGAAAGUUAUAAAUUAAGUCUACCUAAGAGUGCACCGCUAGUGAGAAUUUGUUUCAAAAUGGGCAUAUGCGUCCAAUAUGUUUUGUGUUUAAUCAAUUUAUUGAUUGUUGGAGCGAUUCCUAAUAGUCUUUUCUCUAAUGCUGCGUUUGGAGUGGAAAACUUUCGAUUACGUCGUCAGGCUGGGAUAUCAGCACAACAAAUGUACUAUGCAUAUCCAGCACCAACCAGCGGCAACACCGGCAACGUCGGGUACUCCAACACAGGCUCUACAGGAGCAACUUCGACAGCAACUUCAGGUGCGACCGGAUAUAAUUACGGUGGUGCGACACAAAAUACUGUAAUUGGAUCAGCCGGCGCUACUGGCGAUGGUAGUAUUAAUAGUGGGUACACGAGCUCGGGCGCCACAAUGACUUCAGGUGGUUCGUCGGGAUAUAGUUACAACGCUGGAACACAAAACACUGCUUCAAUAUCUAAUGGAGGCAGUACAUCUAUAGUAUCAGGAUCUAGAGGAUAUGAAUACAAAAAUACAGACUUGCAAACUGUAACCAAUUCAGGAUCUUCUGGUUAUAGUGCUUCGUCUUCAGGGUCAAGCUCUGUCAUAUCUACCGGUGUCUCAACGAAGGCCCCAGAAUAUUUACCACCUACAAAUAAUGGAGGAGGUAAUAUAGGUGUUAGCGUAUCAUCAAAUACUCAAACUGGAACAGCGAGUGUUAUGCCAUCUGAUAUUUAUCUUCCACCGACAGUAUCAGUUUCUACGCCACAACUUACUCCAUCAGUGACUGUAACACAGACCGGCGGCAAUGCUGUACCACAAGUAAGCGGCCCGACACAAACGUAUGUUCCUCCAGUAAGCCCCCCCAGUUCCGCUUAUUUGAUGCCAAGUUCUGGUCAGAAAACUUCAAAUGUUCAGAACACCCAAUCACAAGUAACAGUGAUAUCAACAGGCAAUGUGCAAUCCGUACCCACCCAAGAGUACUUGCCCCCGGUAAUUACCUCUUCUGGAAAGUCUGAAUCUGCUUUUACACCUGCAGCAAAGUAUUUACCACCUGUUUUUUAAGAUAUAUAACUAAAAUA